AUGCCGGGCUGCAGCUGCCAUGAGAUUGACUUCGGAAUUGACGUGAGUGUCAAUAAUAACCAUCUUAUCGCCUCCAGAGAUCCUGCGCAUCCCGCAAACAUGAUCUGCGAGCUCUGUCGUCUAUUUUAUACCAACGGGUGGUGCACUGGUACUGGCGGAGGAGUCUCUAUAAGAGACGCUAACAAAGCAUACAUUGCCCCAAGUGGCGUUCAUAAAGAAAGAAUGGUUCCUUCAGACAUGUUUGUGAUGGAUCUAGAAUCAAAGGAGUAUCUUAGAAAGCCUGCAAAGUAUAAGGCAUCUGCUUGCACGCCACUGUUUUUGGAUAUUUACAAUAUCAGAGACUCGGGAGCAUGUAUCCACACGCAUUCUCAAAAUGCGGUAAUGGUAACAUUGCUAUUUGACAAGUAUUUUGAGAUCUCGUGUAUUGAGCAGAUCAAAGCUCUUCCAAAGCUCACGGAGGCUGGCAACCUUUGGUAUUCGGAUAAAUUAACUAUCCCAAUCUUGGAAAACACAGAAAGAGAGGAAGAUUUAUCUGAAACUCUUCAACAAUGCAUCAUAGACCAUCCUGGGACGACUGCUGUUCUGGUCAGAAGGCAUGGAAUAUUUGUCUGGGGGGAAAAUAUCUGGAAGGCCAAGGUUUACAAUGAAGCAUUGGACUAUUUGAUGGAAAUUGCUAUCAAAAUGAAACAAUUUGGAAUUCCAACUGUGAGGGAAUAA